AUGGCCGACAGUCCGGAAGUCGUGGCUACCGCUGGCGAUCUCACACCACAAUCGCCAAAACCCAUAAACCUCUCCUCUCCAGCCGCUGUUCCUGGACUGCAGGACCAAGCCGAUAGCCUGUCCACGAUGGCCUUGUUUCCUACCACUGAAGAAGCGCCCUUGGCAAGUAUCGCAAAUACUACCCAACUCCCCGGCGAACCGCCUCUCGUCCAGGAUCAGGCUGAGAACAACCCCAAUGCGUCAUUCCAAGAAGCAAUUCCUAUUCGGGAUGAUGCUAGUAAAGGCCAUGAUCAUGAUGAGAAACAAGACGCUCCAGCUGAGGCACGAGACCAAGACCAAGACCAAGGCCAAGACGAAGACGAAGAUCACUACGCCAAGGAUUUUGAUUCCCCCGUCCCCAUCACUGAUGUUGCCAUCCAAGAUAGCGCAGCCAGUGUAGAUGGUCAUGUUGCCGCAGAUGAUACUAUAGAGGCUGGAUCUCCGUCUACGUUACUCGAGACUCCUACUGCAGACGAAGACACAUCUGCUUCACAGGCUCUAGCCACCUCGACAUCCACACUCCAAGACAUCGCAGACGCCACCCAGUCCAUCUCUACUGCAGUCGUUCCGCAAGACGUUUCCCAGCAUGUUCCCACUGUAGAGACCGCUGCACCACCUCAGCCAACGGAUGAUGGUGGUAUUGAUAUUCAAGCUUUGGUGGACAAUAUCACUGCCCAUCAUAAUGCCACCAGGUCGAAUGAAGGUGACUUGCCUGCACCAAGUGAGACUACACCCGGUGUGAACCCUGCAGCCAACACGCAGUCUUCGCUACCGCCCAAGCCGCCUGCGUCCCAGCAGUCUGCCGCUGCAAGUCAUUUCCAGCCCAAUGCCUCCACCGCUGUUCCCAGUCUCACGCCUACCGCGACAUUCCCAUACUCGUAUCCGCCUCCAGGUGCUGCCGCCCCCGGCUUUCCAACCCCUCAAACCUACCCCAACCCUGCUGCUCCUAUGCCAAUCCAGAAUCCAUAUGGUGCUGUCCCAAUUCCUGGUGCAAACAGCGAGGCGCCAAGUCAGUCGCAACGUUAUGAAGAAUUUCUCAAGGAGGAACGCAAGUACGUCUCUGAAGCUAAAUGGGAUAGAUUCCCCGAAGGUUCGAGGCUGUUCAUCGGCAACCUUUCGAGCGAGCGAGUAACCAAGAGGGAGGUUUUCGAUAUCUUCUCCCGCUUUGGCAGGCUAGCACAGAUAUCACUCAAGCAAGCCUAUGGCUUCGUGCAAUAUCAUGCUGUUACCGAAGGCCAAGCUGCCACAGAUGCCUUGCAGGGUAUCGAGAUCAGUGGCAGAAAAAUUCAUCUUGAGUUCUCCCGCACUCAGAAGAAAGAAGGCGACAAUGACAGACGCGGAGGAACCCGUGGAGGACGUGGUGGUAGCAAUCAAAACGACCGGGAUCGGAACCGUCUCGACAGCCGCCGGAAUGAUGGGUAUCGGCCCCGGGAGCCGUCUCCCAACCGUGGCGUUCAUUCCCGACAAGGCUCAUAUGGCCGAGGAGAUCGAGCAUGGGAUGGUUCUUCAGACCAUCAGCGUCGUGGUCGUUCACGUUCUCCUCAAGGCUAUGAUGGCGGUAGCUAUCGCCGGCGGAGUCCGAGUCCUUAUCGACGUGGUCCACCUACAUCUGAAGAUGAUCUUGACAUUCCCCGCCGCUUCGGGGGCGAUGUGCCGGACGUACAACUUCUGCUGCUGCAAGAAGUCAACCGUGAUUUUGUCGGCUGGGUUCAGGGUGCUUUCAUCGAGCGUGGCUUAAAGGUUGAAGUCAUGUUUCUCAACCCGCGUUUCCCUCGUGACUUGGUCAUUCAAAGACAAGUUGUCGAAGGCGUGCACGGUGUGAUUGAGCUCGACUUCCGCUCACAAACUGUGGCCAAAGUCCCCCUUCAAACCUUUGACCGUUCUGCUGGUCGACACAAUGCCCGGUUCGACCAAUAUCAAGAUCUUGACCCCAAGAUUGCAGCAGAGAUCGUGGCCCGCGCCAAAUCUCAAACUCAUCUUCAGUCACCAGCCGUCUAUGGUGGGGGUCAGUACCCUCCUGUCCACUAUCAACCGCAGCCCCAGAUGCCUCCUCAGCAAUAUCCUGCCGUACAUAGUCAACUCCCUGCUGGUCUGAACCUCGGCGGCCUUGAUAAUGCCACGCUGCAACGAGUUCUGUCCGCUGUCCAAGGUGGUCCUCAAGCCGGUAUUCCCGGCCAGCUGCCGAUGGGUGCUGCUCCUGGUGUCGACGUCAAUGCCGUGCUGAGUGCUUUGGGAGCCAAUGGCACCGCGCCCAAUCCAUCACACCAGCAUCCUCACGCUUACCAGCAAGCACCCGCGUCUGGCAAUCCUGCGGACCAAGCCCACGUCCAAAACAUCAUGGCACAACUUUCUCGUUAUAGACAUUGA